UCCCCUCACUCGCUCCUCGUCGCCAUGACUGAGGCUCCUGCCACCACCAAGCAACUGCAUCUGGCUACUGAUGCCCAUGUUCAGUACAUUCAGAGCCUUGACACCCACAAAGAUGAGCUUGAUUACUGGCUGACCGAGCACCUGCGCCUCAACGGCGUGUACUGGGGACUCACGGCUCUUCACCUCCUCGGCCAUCCCGAUGCGCUCCCUCCUGACGAAACUCUCGACUUUAUCUUGUCGUGUCAACAUGAGAGCGGGGGAUUCGGAGCAGCGCCCGGCCACGACGCCCACAUGCUCUCUACAGUAAGUGCUGUACAGAUCCUAGCCAUGGUCGACGGCUUCGAUGAACUAGACCGACGCGGCAAGGGCAAAGCUCAGGUCGGAAAAUAUAUCGCCCAGCUGCAGAACCGCGAAACAGGAACAUUCUAUGGCGAUGAGUGGGGCGAGGAAGACACACGCUUUCUUUACGGAGCCCUCAAUGCACUGUCACUCCUGGGACUCACCUCGCUUGUAGAUGUAGAGCGAGCAGUCUCGUACGUCGCGUCCUGUGCCAACUUUGAUGGCGGAUAUGGCGUGCGACCUGGUGCGGAGUCGCACUCGGGCCAGAUCUUCACCUGCGUCGCUGCCUUGGCGAUCGCGAAACGGCUCGACCUUGUUGACCAGGAGAAGCUGGGGCAGUGGCUCAGCGAGAGACAAGUCCCUGGCGGCGGGUUGAAUGGCCGGCCAGAGAAGAAGGAAGACGUGUGUUACAGCUGGUGGGUGUUGAGUAGUCUGUCGAUCAUCGGCAAGAUCCACUGGAUUGAUCGCGAUGGUCUCAUUCAGUUCAUCCUCCAGUCCCAAGAUACCGAAAAGGGUGGCAUCGCAGACCGACCUGGUGAUAUGGUCGAUGUAUGGCACACCUGCUUCGGUGCGGCUGGGCUCAGCUUGCUCGGGUACCCCUCCAUGGAAGAGGUCGACCCCGUUUAUUGCAUGCCAAAGGCCGUCAUCAAACGAGUCCUAGGCUGAAGAAAGCCGAACUUGAAGUUGUGGGGUGUGUUGCGAUGUCGGCUAUCGAAUUCAGAGGCCCCUCUUGCCAUCUAAUAACCUGCUAAAGACAAUACUUCGUGUUAGCCAGGAUACAAGGCGAGAGGAGAGGAAUUGUUGGUUUUUUCAGGGGCAGCGCUAGUACGCCGUGGCGCUGUCCUGUGAAGUCCUUCAAACAUGCGUCUUACUAGCUCAGUGCUUAUGGUCAUAGUUGACACCCAAUAAUAGAAGUCGAUUUGCAUCGAGUUACUCCGUCUUCAACGUCGAAUAGUCAAGGCUGAUUGUGCUGCCAUACACAUGUGCAAAUGGUCCUCAA